AACCCCUUCGGCCCUUCCACGACGAGGGAACGUGAGAAAACGAGACCUCCUCUCUCUCUCUCUCUCCCACACACACACACUCCCAUUCUAAAACGUUUAUAAGCAAACUCUGCAAUUUCCCAUAUCCUUCUCCCUUACCAGUUACGUCCCUACAAUACCGGGAAUCAUUUUAUCUUCUCUUCUAUCUUCUCUCUUUAUUCUCAAUCAAAUGCUACAAAACUAAACAACUUUAUUUCAAAAAUGUCAUCUUUCCAAAAACCAACAACAACCCAUGAACUCAGACAAAGAUUAUUUACCAACAUUGAUAAACUUUCUGAUAGAUCAACAUUUCCUCAAGCUUCAUCUGAACUUAAUUAUUUAGCAAAGACUCUUCCUUUUGAUUUUCUUCCUACAUUUCUAUCAUGUAUUCUUUCUAUUGAUUCUUCAUCAAAAUCCCCUGUUAAAGUUCAUUGUAUUAGUCUUAUUUCACUUCUCUCAAAUACCCAUAAAUCUUUGUUGUCUUCUCAUGUUCCAAAGAUCAUUUCUUUUUUCUUUAAACGGUUAAGAGAUUCAGAUUCCUCUGCUAGAAACGCUUGUAUUUCUGCUGUUUCAUCACUCAGUGAGUUAAAUUUUGUUUCUUUACUUGAUCCUUUUCUUGGGUCCAUCUCAGUUGAACAAGAUUUAAAUGCCCAGAUGGGGUGUUGCUUGUGUUUGAAGGCAGCCAUUGAUGGGGGAGUUUUAGAGGAGAAAGAAGAAGGGGAUUUGAGGAAAAGAGUUCUUCCUAAAGUUUUGAAAUUGUUGAAAAAUGAUGGUUUUAAAGCAAAAGGAGCUUUAUUGGGAGUGAUUGAGAGUGUGAUUGGUGUAAAUGAUGGGAUUGUAAUCAAUGGUAAAGUUGGAGGAAAUUUGGUGGGAAAUUUGGUUGGUAUUGUUGUUGAGUUGUUGAGUUCUGAUGAUUGGAUGGCUAGAAAAUCUGCUGCUGAAGUUUUGCUUAAAUUGGUUGUUGUUUUGGAUGAAGAGUCUGCUACUGAAGUUAAAAACUUUGUUGUUAAUUCUUUGGAGUCCAGGAGAUUUGAUAAGGUUAAAAUUACUCGUGAGAUAAUGAACCAGGCAUUGGAAGCUUGGAAGGAGAUACCUGGUGGUGUAGACCAACAAAAUGUUUUAUCUAGAUCUAAUUCAUCUAUUUCAAAAGAUAGUGGUACAGGUGGGGCUUCAACUCCCAUCCCAAGGAGAUUAUCUUAUGUUGGUGCUGAAACUCCCAAACCAAAGAAAAAAAUGGCAAAAAGUAGGUCAUCUUUGUCUGAUGGUCCAGUUGCCACAUUCUCCCCUUCUAUGUCUUUAAGCACACAAGAUAGUAUUGGCUUCGAAACGCCGCAAAGGAAGAAAACAUUGUCCAAGAGCAGAUCCUCCUUGUCCGAUGAUUCAACUAUUACUGAUUCUUCCUCGGUUUCAAGAAGCUCCCAUGAUCUAGGCUUUGAUAUUUCUUUAUCUAGAAAACCAAUGUUGAAGGGAAGGUCUUCUUUGCCGGAUGAUUUGCCCGUAAAGAAGAAGAGUCCCUCAAAGACCAAUGAUAAGAAAUCGAGUGUGGAGUCUGACAAAUCAUUGGAUUGGAAAGUUGAAAUAGCAGUUCCUCCGUCCCUGACUGAGAAGGUUGCAUUACAAGAUGAUGCAAGUAGCUUCGUAAAAAAGACUUGCGGAGAAAGGGUGUCAAAAGUUAGUGCGUUCAAAACUGGGUCUCGUGUUGUUCCUUUUGUUGAAGAAGAUGAGCCUCAAGGGUUUGGCUUUGAAGGAGGAGGGAAUGAAGAAGUCGGUGAAAGCAAUGCAGACUCGGAGGAUCUGACUUUGAUCAAAAAGCAGCUUCUUCAGAUAGAGAAACAGCAAUCUUACUUGUUAGAUCUCAUUCAGAGAUUUAUGGGCAAUUCUAAAAGUGGGAUAGACUCUUUGGAGACCCGAGUUACUGGGCUUGAGAGAGUACUCGGUGAGAUUUCUCAUGAUUUGGCCAUACAAAGCGGAAAAAUCUCAAACAAUGACUUGGCAGGAAGUACAUGCUGUCCCAGUACGGAAUUCCUGAGCCCCAAGUUCUGGAGAAGAACUGAAGGAAGGUCCACUAUUUCAAAAUCAUCUCACUUAGGAAGCAUGCUUAACAAAGACUCCAGUUUUGAAACUCCGCCAACAGAUGGUUAUAAGCAUUAUGACCACCAAAACGAAGGCACAUACCGGGAUUCAUGGGGAAGUGCAAAAAGCAUAAGUCAAAAUGUUCAAAGAGGAAGAAAUUGUAGCCCUAGAAGCUUUGAUUCUGCUUCAAAUGCUACUUGUAUUACUUCAGUGGGUCGAGGAACAUAGGCUGCAGCAUCGACAAUUAACGAAGUAACAGCAGUGUUAAAGAUGCUCAAGCAAUCAAGCUCUACUGGAUAGUCUCGAAUGAUUAUGAAAUCCUACUACAGAUUGCAGAAGCUUUGUAUAUUGAACCUGCCAAAGGGAUGUAUCAUCAUUCCUCUUUGUAUUUUCAUGGACGACUUAUUUUGGUGUUUGCCUUGGCAUUAACAGCUGGUGUCGAAUUGAUGUACGAUCAGCAACAUUCAAAGUACUAACUUUAAUUAUUUUGAUAUUUAUUUGCUGUAUGAUGCUUUGUACAUGGAGAUGGAAAAUAUAAAUAAAAUUAUAUGUUGCCUCACUCA